CGGACUAAACCACCAAGAUUCCCGCAGAUUCGAUACCGAUCGUCCCAAUGUUACAAACGUGUUUACACAAACCUAAACAUUUUUAAUUUCGGGGAGAUAUUUGAGACGAUAAUGCUGGAUGGUUGCGCUCAUGAAAUUCACCAGGGAUAUAUGCAGGCUCUUGGGACUCGGCAGCGGCCCCACUGUCGAGCAGCAGGAGGAGCAGAUGGACUGUGGCGCUGCAACCCCUGACCCCGCUGAUGAUACCACUCUGUCACAGGGCACAUUAAAUGGAGAGGAGGGUCUGAGUGAAGAGGAGAAGGUUAAACGCCGAGCAGAGCGACGCAGAGCCAAGAGGAAGCGUCGUCGGAAACGUAAGAAGCAGGAACAGGUGAAGCAGAAUGAGAGUGCUGAACAGGAUGAUGAAGAUGAGGAUGGUGGUGCAGAGUCUGAACUGGAUGAUAGUGAAUCAGAGGCAGAAUUUGGGGGUGAAGGGGAGAAGGAAGCACCAAAGGAUGAGAAAAAUGUGGAGAAACUAGCUAUUUCCCACAAGUAUGCCACCGCUCCUGCCAUGGCUCCUUCAGGAAUCAAGGGCCUUCAGAAGACUCAGGCCAGACCCAGUGAGGAGGAGCCAGAGUGGGAUGUGAGCAGUGCCUUCUUUGCUAAUGCUGCUAGUCAUAUCAAACCCAAAGGCUCAAAUCGAAAGUCCAAAGAAAACAAGGAGAAUGAGGCCAGAAGAGAGACAAAUGGAUCUGAUACUGUGACAAAGAAAAGUGCUUCAUUGACAGAAAAAGGGAUAAAGCUGGUGCAAGAGGGGCAGUACUCUCAAGCAGUCAGUAUGUUUACAGAAGCCAUCAAAUGUGAUCCUAAGGAUUACAGGUUUUUUGGGAAUCGUUCCUAUUGCUAUAGCUGUUUAGAGCAGUACCCUCAGGCCCUUGCAGAUGCAGAGCGCUCUAUUCAGCUGGCCCCAGACUGGCCCAAAGGACACUUCCGCAAGGGCAGUGCUCUCAUGGGCAUGAAGAGGUACAGUGAGGCAGAGAAGGCCAUGGAGCAGGUGUUGAAGCUGGACAAAGACUGUGAGGAGGCUGUCAACGAUCUGUUUAACUGCAAAGUGCUACAGUUAAUGGAGCUUGGUUUUGAUGAAGUGCAAAGUGUAUCACUGCUGGAGAAAUUCUCUACUGUACAGGCUGUUCUGAACUCCUAUCCUGAAGUUGCCAGGGCUGGGAGCCAAGAUUCGUCAAUGAUGCAACCAGGAAGCCCUUGUGCAUCUCUUUGGGUUGGAAAUGUGACAACUGAGCUGACCGAGAAACACCUAUGGGACCUUUUCAAAAUGUAUGGGGAGAUAGACAGUAUCCGUGUGCUGCAUGAGAGAUUCUGUGCCUUUGUCAACUUCAAAAAUGCAAACAUGGCCGCUCUUGCCAUGGAGAAACUAAAUGGUUAUAGUAUUGAAAAUACACGUUUAGUGGUGCGCUAUCCUGACCGUCGCACCCAGAGAGCCCUUCCCAUUCCACUUAAGACCUGCCUCCCUGUUACACAGCAAGCAGGUGCAGCUGCUGGACCAAGACGUCGUGGCCCAGUGAACGGAGAUGAGUGUUACUUUUGGAGAACCACCGGCUGCCAUUUUGGAGACAAGUGUCGCUACAAACACAUUCCUGAUCAGAAAGGCAAGGACAGGAAGCCCUGGCAGCCUUGAGUUCAGUUUCCUCUCUGCUUCAGGAGCAUGCAGGAAGCUUGGACGCACAAACUGAGCCAAGAGAACCGGUACUGAAUGGACCAGGUUCUCUGGGCUAAAAACAUUUAGUCUGGUAGAAUGGACCAGAUUAUUCAAAGGACCAGAGGCAGUAUUCGGGCUCUAAGGUAAGGGAUAGGCUUUGUGCCAUGGAGGACCAAGAGUCUGUAGGUUCCAUUCCAAUAAAAGACUAUACCAAAUGAUUUUACUGAUUAGUUUGGCUGAAGUUUUGCUAGUCACUGUAUUCACCAGGUGUAGUUGCUGGUUGGAAUGAAAACCUGCAUGCUCUUUGCCUUCCAUGGCACAUGGUUGCUUAUUCCUGCUCUAAAGGAUACUGUCUAAUCUCAAAGGCUUACAGUUAUGUAUUCUUCACUAUUGGAUUUUCCCUCUAUCAAGGAGGAAGGGAAACUGGCCCAACCCAUUGUUAAAAUAGUUAAGGCUUUAUUCCUGACUGAAGUUACAAAAGAGCUUGAUAUGGAUUUUCAGGCCAAGGUUCUUCAGUGAUAAUCAUGGGGACACUCUCUUUUUAGUAAUUUCUGCUCAGUAAAGUAAACACAAAGCAGCAUAUCUACCUGCUUCAAAAGAACCUUGAUAACGCUGAACUUUAACUUAGCAAUUGUAUCACCAGAUUUGCCCCAUUUUGAGUUUAUCUUUACUUAAACUGCCUGUCAAACCUUAGUAGAUGGACAGUGAUUUAAUAGAACAUCUCAUCCCUUCUACUUUGGGUCCUCAGGAUAGGCUAAACCACAGUGCCACCCACCCUGCCACAAAUGGGACUCUCAUCUCAGCCUAGAUCCUGUUCUUUUAUUCUGUGCCAAUAUCAACAGAUUGCCCAGCAGACCAAAGACUUACCAACAGACUUACUUGACAUUUCAGUUCCUCCCAAAUCCAGACAAGGUCUUUCGUUCAUGCAGAGACCUAGAGAGGUGCCUUGGGACUAUAUGGUACUAUAGACCCUUGUAGAGUAAAGAUGAUCACACACACACUGACAAAUGGACUGUAAGAGCCACAUCAUGGACUCAAGGGAAAGCUUUUUUUUUUUUAAAACUAUGCAUAGAUUAAGUCUGUUUGAUUUUAUUUACUUAUUGGCUGCCCCCUUUGUUGAGACAUUUAAUGCACACACUCCAUAUCUGUUCAGUGACCAUUACAGCAGAUAAUUGUGAUGAAUACCUUCUGUGGCUUUCAGUGAUUGGAGUGCUGUUUAGAUAACAUUGAAACAUGGAAAAUCACCUUAUUUCUUUACCGUAUCUUCUUUCUUGUGCAUUGGUCCUUCUUCUUUGGUGUGUAGUAGAGCUAGAAGAAGCAAAAAUAUGCGGCCUCUAAGUCAUAAUUUAUGAUGAUUAUUGCAGCAUCAAAGCUAUAAUUAUGCUUUUUUUGGGAUAAUAUAUGCAUAGCGGGGUAUCACAAUACUUAAAUGUCAAUGCAAAAAGUGUAUCAAGUUGACUGACUUACAUACUCUUUUUGUAGGGCGUUGUCCCUGUCAUGUGACCUGUCGUGCUGACACACGUGGCUGUCAGUGCACUUCAAAGAAAUCUUGUUGAUUUUGCAGUUCGCACUGCAGGAUGAUGCCUUACAAAAAUAAAUGCUCCGUCAUGUACACACACACACACUUACUCAUAGUCGUGUGUAACAUGAUUAACCUAAGGAAUGUUUGUACUUCUAAAGCAGUGUUUUUGACCCUAGGGCCUCCAUUCCAGUAUUUCCCUGAACCAAAGAAUGCUUCGAUUAAUGGCUCCUUACCCUGCACUGACAACAAACUCGCUCAUUCUUACCAUUUUGAACACUAGAUAGUGUAUUAAUUAAAACUCAUGGAUGUGUAGCUUUCAUUACAUAAGAAUAAGGACUAUGAUGCCUCAUUUGACUCCACACUACAUUCUGUCUUAAACUAUGCACAGCUUAGUGGGGGUAUUUAUUUUACUAUUUGUACUAAAAUGUUUUUUAACAAUGUACCUUGGGAGCUGUAUUCAGCUUUUCAUUUUACCCACCCCCCUUUUUUCACAUAAUAGUUGGUUAAAGAACACACCCCUUCAUUUCCUCCUUUAAGCAUUUGUCAGAGAAAACGUUUUGCUGUCUUAAGUAUUAAGUGAAAACACUGUCACAUGCUGCACUUCUGCUUUUCUGUCCAUUUUUGUUCGGUGGCUAAAAUUUGUGAAAAAAGAAUUGAACUGCAAACCUUAGGAGAGCACUUGUUGAUUGAACUCAUGUUUCAUGGUGCAUUACAUUUUACAGACUAUUCGUAAGACUUGCAGAAUGCGUUGAUGUAUUGUGAUUAUUUCAUUUCAUCUCGUGCAUGUUUUCCAGUUUGGACAAAAAUAUAUCUCUGGGUUUCUAGGUAACUAUUUGGCAUGUAAUUUUUUUUUCUUUGUCCCUUGUAGCAAACUUUUAUUUCAGGAAAAAAAAAUGUGUUCUUAAUUAAGAUUUAUCCCCAUUGGUUUAACUUGAGCACUGCAAUCUUUUUUUCCUCAUCUACCAAAUAUUUUGUGUUCAGUUAUCUAUACUGCACUGCCAAAGAGUCUUUUAUAUUUAAUAAAUUUAUUUGAAUUAUGCA